GGAGAGCAGUUCAGUGCUCUUACCCACUGAGCUGUCUCUCCAGCCCCAUGGGUAGUUCUUCAAGGUCCACAGAGGUGCUGGUACAUGAUCAGGGCACAUCGGGUCCAUGCACUGGGUACCCUUCCCCACUCUCAGCAUCUGUUUUUGCACGUAUUGGUUGGCAAAUACCAAGUUGUCAUCAUUAGCCCAACUGCCUUCACUUUACUCCCGGCUACAAAUUUAGCUGCUUCUGGGGCAUUUCUAGCAGGAGAGUCCACAGACCCUUCUAAUUCAGCAUGUCCAACACUGGUUUCACAUGUCCCCCUCCCCCAACCGCCAACCCCACAUCUGACCCUCUCCUAGGGAAAGCCAGUUCCUAGAAUUUUACCACCUCACUUUGUCCAAUCAGGCAAAAAGGAAUGUAGGGGAUUGGGUCCUGGAACCCCCAACUCCCCACAACCCUGCUCAGGGUUUAUCUUAUUGUCCCCAGCAGCCUGCAUCCCUCUUCUGUCUUGCUUGUCUCAAAACCACACUCUCUCCAGUGCAGGCAUUCAACGAAAAUGACCACACUCAGACUAGGUCAGUAGUUUCCAGCAUCUUCGUGAUGAACUCCAGACUAGUUGGUAGAACAAUUCUGAUCAUGGCCAUCAACCAACCUCCAGACACCUGCCAAAUUGCCUCAUCGCAUCUCAGACUCCAGUUCAAUACUCUGAGGUCCUCUGAUUCUUCAUCCCUGGUCGCACCCACCCCCCACCCCCAACACACACACAAUCAUUCACUGCCUUCACUGGAUGUGCGCGAGUCCCUCUGAGGCCCCGACCCUAAAACUGAGCAAACAGGGUAUCCUUGGACCGUGGGAGCCCAACGCAGAGCCCUGUCGCUCCGAGGCAGCUGAACCUUCUGAGGGUCCCGGAGUCACCACUUGAGGAUACAGAGUAGCUAGCCAGAACCCCCAUGUCUGCGCAGCCCAAGUUGGAACUCUCCUUCAGGCUGCCCCUCCUUCGCCGCCCUCCCUCGCGCUCUCCCGCCCUCGGCCAGGCCUCCCAGUUCCCUACUUUGCUUGACUACCAACUUCGAAUUCCCAGUUUCAGCGUCUCGCUGCAGCCCGCGAUCUCUACUCUGCCUCCUGGGGUCUUCUCCAAAUGUCUAGCCCCCACCUAGAGGGACCUAGCCUAGCCAGCGGGGACCGGAUCCGGAGGGUGGAGCGGCCAGGUGAGCCCUGAAAGGUGGGGCGGGGCGGGGGCGCUCUGGGCCCCACCCCGGGAUCUGGUGACGCCGGGGCUGGAAUUUGACACCGGACGGCGGCGGGCAGGAGGCUGCUGAGGGAUGGAGUUGGGCUCGGCCCCCAGAUGCGGCCCGCGGGCUCUGCCAGCAACAAGUCCCUCGGGCCCCAGCCCUCGCUGCGACUGGGGCUUGGAGCCCUGCACCCAAGGUAAGCCAGCCUUCUUGCCCAUCCCCUUGAUGGACGCUCAAAGGGCAGGAGAAAGGGCAGAAAGGUCUUCCUCCCCACUUUUCUCUCAGCCUCUCUCUUCUGGGCCCUCAGCGCAGCUCUUUGCCCCUCCCAGCCCCUCCAGUUCUUGUCGCUAGCUUCUUGGACUGUGUUAACCCUCCUGGCUGGCUGUAAUGUGAGGCUCCCGCUGCCGCCACAGGGCACAGACCGGCUGCCAAGGCCCCACUUUUAACUAAAAGAGGCGCUGCCAGGUGCACAACUCUGGGCAUGAUCCACUUGAGCUUCGGGGGAAAGCCCAGCACUGGUCCCAGGAGAGGCGCCUAGAAGGACACGGACCAGGACCCCUUUGGCUUGACAAGCUCUGCCCCCUGGUGGCCACAGGAAGCCAUGGUCCAGGCCCUGUGUUUUCAGAAGGACCAUCGCUUCCCCAGAUAAUAGGCAAGCUCUUGGGAGACAUCUGUGGGCAUAAGAGAGAAUUCAGGUGACACUGGGUCCAGAAAGAAGAUUGCAAGUCAUCAGAUAAUCCAAGUGACCAACUGACACUCAAAUUCUUCAGGGCUCUGCUUCCUCCCCCAAGGUAUGGAGUGAACGCUGAGCAUGGAGUGGAAGGAACUCAAGUUACUACUUUCUCCAACCACCCUGGUACCUUCAGCCCUGAAGUACAGAGCAGAAGGGUCUUAGAAGACAGGACCACAGCUGUGUGAGUCUCCCCCCUGAGGCCUUAGACGAUCUCUGAGCUCAGCUGAGCUUUGUUUGCCCAUCUGGAGAAGUGAGCCAUUGAUUGACCUUGUGGCAUCGCGAAGGAACAGGUCCUGCCAAGCACCUAACACAGAGAGCAAGGUUCUCCAUCGCAGCUACCGCUGCUGAGUUGACUCUAGCUACUCCAACCUCCUGGGUCGCUUCGAGAGACUGGAGUGGAAGGAGGAAUACCCCAAAGGAUAACUAACUCAUCUUUCAGUUUGCAAGCUGCCGCAGGAAGAGGGUGGGGAAACGGGUCCACGAAGGCUUCUGAUGGGAGCUUCUGGAGCCGAAAGCUAUGGAACUGGGACUUGCAGAGCCUACUGCAUUGUCCCACUGCCUCCGGCCUAGGUGGCAGUCAGCCUGGUGGCCAACCCUAGCUGUUCUAGCCCUGCUGAGCUGCGUCACAGAAGCUUCCCUGGACCCAAUGUCCCGCAGCCCCGCCGCUCGCGACGGUCCCUCACCGGUCUUGGCGCCCCCCACGGACCACCUGCCUGGUAGGGGGACACACUGCGCAUUUGUGCAGCGAAAGAACCCUGCGACCCCCGCCUCAGUCUCCUCAGCCCGCACCCCCGCCGCCUGGUCCCGCGCUCCAGUCUCCUCCCGCUGCGCUCCGCGGGGCACGCGCGGCGCGUGCAGGAACCCGGAGCAGCCGCGCACGGACCACAGAUGCGCGCGGCUGCCGCCUGCGCUCGCAGCUGGUGCCGGUGAGUGCGCUCGGCCUAGGCCACAGCUCCGACGAGCUGAUACGUUUCCGCUUCUGCAGCGGCUCGUGCCGCCGAGCACGCUCCCAGCACGAUCUCAGUCUGGCCAGCCUACUGGGCGCUGGGGCCCUACGGUCGCCUCCCGGGUCCCGGCCGAUCAGCCAGCCCUGCUGCCGGCCCACUCGCUAUGAGGCCGUCUCCUUCAUGGACGUGAACAGCACCUGGAGGACCGUGGACCACCUCUCCGCCACUGCCUGCGGCUGUCUGGGCUGAGGAUGAUCUAUCUCCAAGCCUUUGCACACUAGACCCAUGUGUUGCCCUACCUGGAACAGCUCCACCGGGCCUCACUAACCAGGAGCCUCAACUCAGCAGGAUAUGGAGGCUGCAGAGCUCAGGCCCCAGGCCGGUGAGUGACAGACGUCGUCGGCAUGACAGACAGAGUGAAAGAUGUCGGAACCACUGACCAACAGUCCCAAGUUGUUCAUGGAUCACAGCUCUACAGACAGGAGAAACCUCAGCUAAAGAGAACUCCUCUGGGAGAAUCCAGAAAUGGCCCUCUGUCCUGGGGAAUGAAUUUUGAAGAGAUAUAUAUACAUAUAUACAUUGUAGUCGCGUUGCUGGACCAGCCUGUGCUGAAACCAGUCCCGUGUUCACUUGUGGAAGCCGAAGCCCUAUUUAUUAUUUCUAAAUUAUUUAUUUACUUUGCUGGUUUGUCAGAUCCUUUCCUGGACAUGGGGGAUGGUAGAAGAAGCUAGAUGAAGAUGUGCCCCACCCCACCCCCCCAUCCACAUUUUACACUUGACUCAGUAGUGCUACCUGGAUCGCCUACUUCUUGCCCCGCAGGUGUCUCUGAGAUGGAUGGGAGGCACACAUAGGUGACAAAGAUGCACAAUCCACAGUACUUGGGGCCUGGGGUACCUAUGGGAAAUAAACAAUAUAGUUUUCUAUGGAGAAAGGU